AUGUCGUUUUCUCAAUUGUCAGUGGAUAUUGACGAGGCUGAUGCUGUCGUGCUCCAGGAAAGCCUCAUAAAGACACGCUCUCUAAUCAACCAAAUCAGCCAGUCUUUAACCAAGAUUUCUCAAAGUACUUCCAAAUCAGAAAACUUACUAUCUCCAAUUGUGGAUAAGAAUAAAAGACUAUCUGUGUUUAAAAGAAAUAUUGAUGAAAGUUUAUUAGCUGUUUCAAAUGUCCAAGGGAUUGCUAGUGAGGCCUCCAUUUAUGAAUCAAGAUUAAGUGAAAGAAUCGAUAAUGUUAAGGCUUAUAUCACAACUAUUCAUAAAUCUGAAGAUAUAUUGGAAAGAUUAUCUGAUAAUGGGAAUGGUGAAUAUAGAGGUAUUUCAGAAAAUUUGAGUAAAACCAUACUGGAUAGUGAAUUCAAAUUGAAAUCUUUUUUCAAAGAUUUAAUAUUACCAGAUUCUCAACCAUUUGAUCCACAAAUCUUUAUGAAUCAAAGAAAACCUUUCCCAUAUCUAAGUAAUGUGAAAUUGAGAGAUGUUAAUUUAAUAUUGAAUUUCUUUUAUGAAAAUGAACAGAAAAAAUCAAUUGAUAAUUUAUUUGUUGAAUCAAGAUCAAAAUUAGUUGUUGAUAGUUUAGCAUUCUUGGAACCUUUCACAAAGCAUAAAAAAAGAAAUGACAAAGUCCCUUAUGAAAAAGGUAGUAAUGGAAUUGGUAACUAUACAGAAGCUUAUUUAGGGUUUUUGUCAAAUGAAUAUGCCCUAUGUGAAGAUAUUUUCAAAAAUGAUAAAGAAAGAUUAUUGAUCAAUUAUCAACAAAUCAUUCAUUAUUCAGUGGAAAAUUACUCUAAAAUAAUCAACUCUAUAUUAGAUGCAAUUCAAAACUCAUUAACAAAUGAUGGGUUGUUAGUAUUUGAAUUGAUUGAUAAUUUAACAAAGAUAUUGUCAAUGUUAAGAUCAAAAUCAAAAGAAACUUAUCCUUCAUUACAAUCAAGUUUAGAAUCAUGUCGUUCCACAGCUCGUUCAUUAUUUAAAGAUUUGUUGAAAUUCACUGAAACAAGAGUCAAUUCUUUAAUUCAAUUACCUCAAGAUAAUGGUAUUUCAGAAAUUACUGUGGAAGUUAUGUCAAAAGCUAGAAAAUUUUCUGAAUAUAAAGAUGGUGCUCUAAAUGUUAUGAAUAAUAUGAAGGCUGGUAGUUGGAUCCCACAACCAAAACCUCAAUGGUUAUCAACUUUCUCAAGUAUAAGUCAAACAACAGUAAUUGAAGAUGGUGAUCCAAAACAAUUAUUGUCAUCUUUUUUCUCAGAUGUUAUUGAUGCUUUAAUAAUUUGUUUAGAAUUGAAAGCUCAACAACUCUUGAAAAAAAAACAAACACUUGGUUAUUUCUUGAUAACUAAUAUAACAUUAGUGGAACAAAUCAUUUCAAGAUCUGAGUUGAAAAACAUUUUGGAUUCAGUUGGGUUUGCAAGAUUAGAAAAAUUGAAGAAAAGAUCAUUAAAUUAUUUCUUGACAGGUUGGAAACAAGUUGCCUCUUAUUUAUUAGACGUUAAUGUUGUUGGGAAAUUAAGUUCAAAAGAUAGAGAUGCCAUAAAGGAAAAAUUUAGAAAUUUCAAUAGUGAAUUUGAUGAAUUGGUUAAAAGUUAUAAAAGUUAUAAUAUAACUGAUCCUUCCCUAAAAAAAUUUUUAUCAAAAGAAAUAUCAUUUAUAAGUCCACUUUAUCAUAGGUUCCAUGAUAAACAUGUUUCAGGUGAUUUUACUAAACAUACUGAUAAAUAUAUUAAAUAUGAUAAAAGAGAAUUUGAUAGAAUAUUGGAUUCUCUUGCAAAAUAA